UUCUCUAUCUAUUGUUCCUCCAUGGAAAUGGAAAGGAUGGAAGAACAUAACCAAGCCGAGCAACAUCAUGUUGACACAUCUCGUCCCUUUAGCUCGGUAAAAGAAGCAGUUGAGAUAUUCGGCCAACGGAUUAUGCUACCGGUACAAACUCAAACCGUAAACCAUAAACCGACUAGUCCUAAAAUCAGCCAUACCGCUUCUUUGCCAUCUUCUCCAUGGAGGAAUCGAUCCUCGUUGCCUUCUUCUCCUCAAACUCAAGGCUCAAAAGAAGAGUUCAUGGAUGUUUUGAAGAAGCUAGAAGCCGAGAUAACGGAAACGAAGACAGAGGUGAAGAUGUUGAAGGAGAGAGAGACUGAGACAGAGGUGGCUUUGGCUAAUUUGAACGCCGAGCUACAUAAGAACAUGUCAAAGAUGGCUAAAGCAGAGGCUGAUGCUGCAGGGAAGAGCGCAUCAGCCAUGGCAAAAUCGGUGAGCUUCAAGGAAACGAACGAGAAAGAAAACGGAGAGGAAGAGAGGAGGAAAGAGCUGAUGAGGAGGAUGCAGAAGGAGUAUCCUUCAUUGGCUCAAAUACUUGAGAGUAACAAAGGAGACAGAAAUGGGUAUUUUGCGAAGAAUACAAAGAAGACUAAGAAGAAACCUAUCAUUCCUCUUGUAGGAGAUUUCUUCUUCUUCAAGAAGAAAAGGUCUUCAACUGAAAUUUCUGCACCUCUUUCCACUACCUCUUCCACUCUGCGCUUUUAGCUGAAACAACCAAAAACCCAGAGAAAAUCAUAAUCGUGUACAUUGCAAGUGUUUAUAGGUUUGCACAUUAAUAUGAUAUUUAUGUAUAUCUGUGCGUGUAUUUGUGUGUGCGUGUGUGUGUUCUUUAUUUGUUUGUUUCCUUGAUUCGUUGUUUGAAUUUUGUG